AGCCUCUGUGUCAUCUGCAGCACCGGGAGAAGUACUAUCGCUGCUGCUGCUGCUGCUGCUGCCUGCAAGGAGCUCAGGCAGGGAAGGGAAGCAGUGAAGAGCAGCUCCAGAUCCCAUCACAGCUGCAGGGGGUAUCAGUCAUUAUUCCACAUUAUGGGGGGGAUGGCUCAGGCAUCAUAAAACUUGGGGGGAAUGUCCCCCAUUUACAAACUCCCAUUCUUUUCUGUGGGGGGAUCUGCUGGAAAGGACUGAUUUGCUGCUUAGGAAUACACGGUGAAGGUAGGGUGGGGGAGACGGGCUCCAUUUCUUUCAUCUUUGGGGUUGACGGUGGACGCUCCCCCUUGCCCUCAUCACUAUUCUAAUGUCUUCAUCAAUGGGGCCCAGGGGCCCUCGGCCACCCACAGUGCCUCCCCCCAUGCAGGAUCUCCCCGAUCUCAGCCAUCUGACAGAGGAAGAGAGAACAAUUAUCAUGGCAGUGAUGGACCGACAGAAGCAGGAGGAGGAGAAGGAAGAGGCCAUGCUAAAGAGACUCCAUCAACAGUUUGAAAGCUAUAAAGAGCAAAUCAGAAAAAUAGGUGAGGACACACGCCGUUACCCAGGAGAGCACAAGGACGAUGCACCAACGUGUGGAAUCUGCCACAAAACAAAGUUUGCUGAUGGCUGUGGCCAUUUAUGCUCCUAUUGCCGUACAAAAUUUUGUGCCCGAUGUGGAGGUCGCGUUUCCCUUCGUUCAAACAAUGAGGACAAAGUGGUUAUGUGGGUUUGCAAUUUGUGUCGGAAGCAACAGGAAAUUUUGACAAAAUCUGGGGACUGGUUCUUUGGAAGUGGGGUGCAGCAGCCAUCUUCUCAGGAUGGAACAUUAAGUGACACUGCUACAGGAGCAAGUACGGAUGCACCAAGGGAAAAGAAAGCUAGACUUCAAGAGAGAUCUCGAUCUCAAACGCCUCUAAGCACCGCUGCAGUGGCAGGUUCACAAGGAACCCCUCCUUCUAGUUUACAGUCUGAUAGGAGCAAAGGCUCAGAACCAUCACUACAAUCCUCAGUCCAAGAGCCAAAAUUAUCAUCAAGAUCAAGAAGUGAACCUCCAAAAGACAGGAAGAAGGCCUUAGCAAUUUCAGAGCAAAAUGGAAAAGUCUUGAAAAGUGAUCGAAAAAGAGUUCAGAAGUGUUUAAACCAACAAGCUGAGGGACAUAUGGAUGACAGAGAACAUAAAGAAAGGAGAGAAAGCAGAAGAUUAGGGAAAGGAAGGUCCCAGGACAUUCCAGAAAAAGCAGAGGAAGAUACAAACAUGGAAGAAGACAAACAAAGAACAGAGGAUGAGUAUCAAACACGAUACAGAAGUGAUCCUAAUUUAGCCAGGUAUCCAGUAAAACCACAACCAGAAGAACAGCAAAUGCGCAUGCAUGCAAAGGUUUCAAAGGCAAGGCAUGAACGACGGCACAGUGAUGCAUCUUUACCACAUACAGAGCUAGAUGAAGCUGAAGUUCCUGAGAAUAAACUAGGCAAAAACUCACAAGGAUCAGCAUCUCAGGACAAAAAAUCAGUUUUGGAGAAUAAGAGGUCUUAUUCUGUAGACAGAAAUGGUGAAGUAUUAGUUUCCAAGCCAAAACAAUCUGCCAAUCACAGUCUCCAUAGUUCUCAACACAGUCCGGUUCCUCCAGAACAUGUAGACUCUAUGAACCAUGAUUCCUUUAAAAAACAGAGUAGAUUAGACCCAAGUUCUGCUCUUUUAACAAGGAAAGCUACACGUGAAAAGAUGGAGACAAUGUUGAGAAAUGACUCCCUUAGUUCCGAUCAAUCAGAAUCUGUUAGACCUUCCCCACCAAAGCCCCACAGGUCGAAAAGAGGAGGGAAAAAAAGACAAAUGUCAGUUAGUAGCUCAGAUGAUGAAGGAGCAUCAACCCCGGAAUAUACAAGCUGUGAAGAUGCAGAAAUAGAAAGUGAAAGUGUUAGUGAAAAAGCGGCUCUCUUUGGCAGAAGACAGUUGGAGUGCCCUGUCUCCUCUCAGUCGUGCUGUGGUGAUUUGGACUGUUUUUGGUUGGAUCCUGCUACAUGGCAUAGCAGAGAAACUUCACCCCUAGGGUCGCAUCCAGUAACCUGGCAGCCAUCUAAGGAGGGGGAUCGUUUAAUUGGUCGCGUAAUUCUAAAUAAAAGAACAAGUAUGCCAAAAGAAUCUGGAUCACUUCUGGGUUUGAAAGUUGUAGGGGGAAAAUUGUCAGAAACAGGACGCCUUGGUGCCUUCAUCACCAAAGUAAAGAAAGGGAGCCUCGCAGAUGUUGUUGGCCAUUUAAGAGCAGGAGAUGAAGUCUUAGAAUGGAAUGGAAAACCUUUGCCAGGAGCAACAAAUGAAGAUGUUUACAACAUUAUUUUACAAUCAAAGUCAGAGGCACAAGUUGAAAUCAUAGUUUCAAGGCCUAUUGGAGACAUUCCAAGGAUUCCAGAAAACUCUCAUCCACCAUUAGAAUCUAGUUCCAGUUCUUUUGAAUCUCAAAAGAUGGAUCGGCCUUCAAUAUCUGUCAUUUCUCCAACUAGUCCUGGAGCUCUAAAAGAUGCACCUCAGGUCCUGCCAGGACAGCUUUCUGUAAAAUUGUGGUAUGACAAAGUGGGCCAUCAGCUAAUAGUAAAUGUCUUGCAAGCAAGAGACCUGCCAACACGGCCAGAUGGAAGGCCUAGGAACCCUUAUGUAAAAAUGUACUUCCUUCCGGACAGAAGCGAUAAAAGUAAAAGGAGGACCAAAACAGUGAAGAAAAGCUCUGAACCAAAAUGGAACCAAUCAUUUCUCUAUUCCCAUGUGCACCGUAGAGACUUUAGAGAGCGAAUGUUAGAAAUAACUGUGUGGGAUCAGCCAAGAGUACAAGAAGAGGAAAGCGAGUUUCUUGGCGAGAUCCUAAUAGAACUAGAGACUGCACUAUUAGAUGAUGAACCUCACUGGUAUAAGCUACAGACGCACGAUGAAUCUUCACUACCUCUGCCUCAGCCAUCACCUUUCAUGCCAAGGAGACAUGUUCAUGGAGAAAAUUCUAGCAAAAAAUUACAAAGAUCUCAGCGAGUCAGUGAUAGUGACAUCUCAGAUUUUGAUGUUGAUGAUGGUAUUGGAGUAGUUCCUCCAGGCUCAAGGUCUAAUGCUAGAGAAAGUAGAUCUACUACAUUAACAGUGCCAGAACAUCAAAGACCAACUCAUCACCGCUCACGUUCAGUAUCUCCACACCGUGUUGACGAUCAGGGCAGGACCCGUUCACGUUUACCAAAUGUGCCAUUACAGAGAAGCCUAGAUGAAAUCCAUCAAAUGAGACGAUCACGUUCUCCAACAAGACACCAUGAUGCCUCCCGCAGUCCUGUCGAUCGCAGGUCAAGGGACUCAGACAGUCAGUAUUUGUCUGAACAAGAAAGUGAACUCCUUAUGCUUCCCCGGGCAAAACGUGGACGAAGUGCAGAGUGCCUACAUACCAUCAGAAAUACUGUAAGGCACAGUAAAACAUUACCACCCAAGAUGCCUUUACUAGAGUAUGGUUCUCACUGGAGACUCUACAGUGAACUGCAGCCCUCCCUUGACAGGGCUAGAAGUGCUAGUACCAACUGCUUGAGACCAGAUACUAGUUUGCAUUCACCAGAACGAGAAAGGCAGCCCAGAAAACUGGAAAGAUCUAGCAACCAGAAACAAAAUAGGAAAAGCACUGUUUCUGAAAUAGAAAGAAAUCACCAACUCGGAAGCCAGUCAUCAGCUGAUUCAUCUUUUAGUAGUCGACGAGGAAGGCAGCUUCCACAAGUCCCAGUAAGAAGCAACAGUACAGAACAAGAACCAGAGAGUUUUAGUUCAUCAUCGAAAGCAAAUUUAUCGAUGGAAGAACGUACAAGACAGAUGAAGAUAAAAGUUCAACGGUAUAAGCAAAUAGCUGGUUCUAGUUCAAGUCAAGAACAGGAACGAGAGCAAUAUACUAAGUAUAACACACACAGAGAUCAGUACAGAAGUUGUGACAACGUCUCAGCCAAAUCGUCUGAUAGUGAUGUCAGUGAUGUGUCAGCCAUUUCCCGUACCAGUAGUGCCUCACGUCUCAGUAGCACAAGCUUUAUGUCAGAGCAAUCUGAACGCCCCCGCAGGAGACUAUGUUCCUUUACACCCAGAAUGCAAAGCAGGCGGAUGGGUACUUCAGGGAUAGCCAUAACUAAGAGCACAAGUGUGAGUGGAGAAAUUUACAAACUGGAACACAAUGAUGGAAGUCAGUCUGACACAGCCGUUGGGAUGGUUGGGACCGGUGGAAAGAAAAGGAGAUCCAGUCUAAGUGCCAAAGUAGUUGCCAUAGUAUCACGAAGAAGCAGAAGCACAUCCCAGCUUAGCCAAACAGAUUCUGGCAACAAGAAAUUAAAAAGUACUAUUCAGAGAAGCACAGAAACAGGCAUGGCAGCAGAAAUGAGAAGUCGGAUGGUUCGGCAACCGAGCCGGGAGUCCACAGAUGGAAGUAUUAACAGUUACAGCUCAGAGGGCAAUUUAAUUUUUCCAGGGGUGAGACUGGGGGUUGAUAGCCAAUUCAGCGACUUUCUUGAUGGACUAGGACCAGCACAACUUGUAGGCAGACAGACAUUAGCAACUCCAGCAAUGGGUGAUAUUCAGAUUGGAAUGGUAGAUAAAAAGGGGCAAUUAGAAGUGGAAGUUAUACGAGCAAGAGGUCUAAUACAAAAGCCAGGAUCAAAAUCAACUCCAGCUCCGUAUGUAAAGGUAUAUCUUUUAGAAAAUGGAGCGUGUGUCGCCAAGAAAAAGACAAGAAUUGCACGGAAAACCCUUGAUCCUCUUUAUCAACAGACUUUGGUUUUUGAAGAAAGUCCGAAUGGAAAGGUCCUUCAGGUAAUUGUCUGGGGAGAUUAUGGUCGAAUGGAUCACAAAUGCUUCAUGGGUGUUGCACAGAUUUUAUUGGAAGAACUCGAUCUAUCAAGUGUGGUGAUUGGAUGGUAUAAAUUGUUUCCGCCAUCAUCGUUGGUGGAUCCAACGCUGACACCCCUUACUCGCAGGGCUUCCCAAUCAUCUCUUGAAAGUUCUACAGGUCCUCCUUCCAUACGAUCGUAAUGAACUCGAAAGCAGUUUACCUGAUGUAAUCACAAUGUUAAUGCCCAAUAAAAGAGUCAGAACAAUAUAUUUACAUGAUCAAAUGCAUUGCUGGAGACAGACAAUCAUUUAUUUUUUUGCCUGGAAUAGCUAUCCAAAAAAAAAAAAAAAAAUAAUAAAAAUAAAAAAACACAGAGAAUCAUAUUUAUUGGUAGAAAUAAGAAUAUUCGUACUGUAAAUUGAAAUACAGUUGAGCCCUAAUGAGAGUCACACCCGCUCCGGGGAUAGCUAAGGUGACAUUAAAUUACAAACUGGAAGCUUUCACUCUGUUCAAAAAUGUUUGCGAUGCAUUUUUACAGAACAUGAGCAGUGUUAUCAUAUUGGUAUUUCAACAUUUUUAUACUUGUUGAUUCCAUUUUUUUUAAUUGAUGUGUUAAUCCGCCAAUUUCAUACAAAAGCAUUUGUGAUACUCCUCACAGAAACUUGCUUUUGCCCUUUUUUUAUUGAUUUAUUAAAAAAAAAAAAGCGAGCAUUAAAGAAUUAAUGAUGGAUAUUGUUCUGUAUAAUAUUCCCAGCUGCCUGAAAUACAGCGACUUUGAAAAGCACUGCUAUGUAGUGCUGUCCUGUUGAAUAACCUGGCUUUUUUUUUCAUGUAGUGUUAACGCAUUUUGAAAACCACAGAUGUAUUUUGUGAAGUAUAAAGCAUGUUGUAAUAACAUUGGAGCACAGUGUUUGUUCUGCACUAAAACCCAUCCCCAUUCUCUGGCACCAGGGCUAGGAAUAAAGGCAGUUGCUGCAAAGCAGUAAAACAUAGCCUUUUUUUCGCACUUUUUCUUCUUACACCCAAAGUGAAUAAGCAGUGCAACACGGCCGUGAAUGCUGUCAUUCAACCUGACCUGGAGCGUUUCUUUGCCAACAUUUUACCACAUUCUGAACCAUUUGAAAAAUUGCCAAGCUGUUUGCGUUAGUGCUUGUGUCAAUGCAGGGGAUUGUGGAAUACAUGACUAUUUAUGGAUGUUUGUUAAACAAAUACACAACAACAACAAAAAAUGGAGGAUAAAAUAAACAGAAAAUAUUUUUGUUCCUCUCUUCCAUUUGAUUUUUUUUUGUAAAUUUCGGAUUGCGGUAUAAAUGAUACUUCUGUUCAUAAUGUUUUGCAUGGGAGAGUUCCAAUGGCGUCUCUCUGUAACUAAUGCUGAAUUUGAUGCAAGAGUCCAUUCCUUCGAUUAGAAAUGCUGUACCCGCCACAGUGUUUUCAUUUUACAGCCAAUCGCUUUACUUGUUUUUUUUUAUGUGUGUAAACUUGUGUAUUUUCCAUCCCGGAUUACUGACCAAUAGUGGGGAUGAGCAUAUGACACUUUGAGCUGUACCCAGGCUUCCUUGAUAUGUGUCGCUUUAGACGCUGUCAUCUGCCCUGGAUAGAGCAUGGUAUGAGCUAUUUUAGAAUUUAAAAAAAAAAAAAAAUCACUGGAAAUUCCAGCUGAGAUAUUCUGCACUUACUAAUGUUUUUAUCAGACUUUAGUUUACAUUUGUUUGAGACUGAUGCAAGCACAACGCUUGACUGUUUUUUAAUGCAAUGUAUUUUAUUUUUUGGAGAAAAAACCCCACAACCCUCAGAUAUUAAUUAGGAUUUCCUUGUGUUAAUUCUUGGCCUUGCUAGACCUUGUGAUUUCUUUCUGUACAUGUCAGACGAUACUGCAGACUGCAUUGACAUUAUUUCUUUCUUUUAUGGGCCAUUGGAUUUUGUGAUCACCAAAACCAGAGCAGCAUGACUUGGAGCUAUUCAGAGCUGCAUGCAAGUUUUGUAAAAAGAAACAAACAAACAAAUAACAAAAAAAAGAGAUAAACUAAUGUGUGUUAGUUCCACAUAGGCCAGCUAGUGUGUUGCAUGUACUUGUACAGUUUGCUCGUAAUUCUAAUGACAUAACCAAGAACUCAAAGCCAUCCAUUUUUCUUAUAGACAUUUUGCAGGUUUUUGCCAGACUGGCAGAUUUAGUCUGGUGCUAAAUGUCUAUAGAUGGACUUUAUUUUUUACCCUAUGGAAUCGUAACGUAGUACGGACCAAAUCCUUCGAAUAAAUAUUUUGGUGUAGAUUCCUACUGUGGGGCUGUAACACAUGUAGAAAUGGUGUACACACUAGGUUUUGAAUCAUAGACAUACUGCCUGCACCAAGUGAAUUAUUUCUUGUUAAUAAACAGUCUGAAACUAUUAUGCCCGCAUUUCCAUAGGGCGGCGAUAGACUACUGAUUGACCUGCUGAGCAGGAAGAACUGAAGCACUGGUGCACUAAUAAUAGAUUAUGUACUGUCUUAGUGGCCAAAACAAACAAAUAAUAAUUGGGUAGUAUCUUUCUAUUUUGACCACUUGUCUUAACACUCCCCUGUGCUUUUAAAUGAACUUCCAACUCAUGUUAUGUAAACAUGUUUAAUAAAAUUUACUUUUCAUGUCA